AUGGCGAUCAAUCCUAGGACCUACCAAUUCCUGAUUGGGGUUUUUGCUUCAUUGGGCUCCUUUCUUUUUGGAUACGAUCUCGGCGUCAUUGGUGGCGUCGUCGCAUCCAAAUCCUUUGAGUCUACUUUUAAAGAUCCAGACGCAAAUGAGGUCGGCGCUGUGGUCUCCGUUUUUACCGGCGGCGCCUUCUUUGGUGCUGCCGUUGCCGGACCUGUUGGUGAUUGGUUUGGGCGCAGACUCACCAUUAUGAUGGGUGCCAUCGUCUUUUGCUUAGGUGGCAGCCUCCAGACAGCUGCUCAGAAUCUCGGGUUUUUGUACUCUGGAAGACUUAUUGCGGGAUUGGGGGUUGGGAUCAUGGUUAUGAUCAUUCCACUAUACCAAGCCGAGAUUGCUCAUCCUUCUAUUCGUGGACGGAUCACAGGUCUCCAACAAUUCAUGUUAGCCAUUGGAGCCACUGUCGCUGCUUGGACUACCUAUGGCACCAAUCUCCACCUUGGUCCUACAAACAACAACCAAUGGCGCAUUCCCCUUGGAAUCCAGAUUGUUCCUGCUGGAAUAUUAGCCAUUCUUAUUCUUCUCUUCCCAGAAUCUCCAAGAUGGCUCAUCGAUCACGGAAAGUCGGAACAAGGCUUGGAAACACUAGCUCGACUACACGCCAGCGGUAACGACCAGGACGUCUGGGUGCGAUCUGAAUACCAGCAGAUCGAAGCCGCCAUCGCGCACGAGCAUGAAAACUCUGCUAAAGGGUAUCAUGAUUUGUUUACGAACAGAUCGAGUUUCCGACGUCUCGUUCUCGUAACGGCACUCCAAGCAUCUGUACAGAUGACUGGUGUUUCAGCAAUUCAGUACUUCUCUCCGCAAAUUUACGCCACCUUGAAAAUCCCUACGCAAGAUGCGUUGAAGUACCAAGCUGUCAGCAACAUUCUAUCUACUCUGGCGAUUCUUUGCACUAUUCUCUUCAUCGACCGACUUGGCCGCCGCUGGCCCUUGAUUAUUGGCAAUCUGAUUAAUUGUCUCUGUUUCAUCAUCGUCACAGCCUCAAUUGCCUCUUUUCCAGACUCGUCGCCCUCAAGUCAACAUUCUUUAGGCUGGGCUUUUAUCGCGACGAAUUGGGUGUACCAGAUAUCAUUCUCGUUCACGUGCGGCUCUCUAUCAUGGAUCAUUCCUGCAGAGAUCUUCGACACCAAGACCAGAUCUAAAGGUGUUUCGCUGGGCGCGAUGGUGUCAUUUGCCUUCAACACAAUGAUUGGACAAGUUACUAGCCCAGCUAUCAACAGCAUCAACUGGCGCUACUUUCUGCUGUUUGUUGUAUGCAACUUUACGAAUGCUGUCUUCUUCUGGGCCUUUAUGCCUGAGACUGCGAAGCGCCCACUCGAGGAGAUGAAUGUCCUGUUUAGUGGCUCGUCAUGGUUUGUUCCGACAAUGAGGAGGGAGGACUUUGAGACCCAUGAUCUAGAACACAGGCUAGCAGAAAACGAACAGAAGGAGAUGGCAAUGGCUGUUGAGCAUUCAGCGGAUCACUAA